UAGCAGUUUCGUAAUAGUAAGUAUGGCGGAUCUGCAGUCGAUGUCCACGAAUGUUGAGUAGGCACGCGCGCAGGUUUAGUUUUGAGUUACGAGGUUACGACUGGUUACGACUUGAACAUUUAUGACAUUACGCCGGUCCGAGUGGUCUACUGAUACUGCAAGACUCUACUUAUGGUAUAUGCUUUGUGUUGAUGUCAUUAUGGAUGCAUUUGACGCAGUUCUCGUCAAACAAGGAGCAGAAGCAAAGGUGUACAAAGGCACAUAUUUAGGAAAGCCCGCUAUAUUCAAGGAAAGAUUUGAAAAAAAGUACAGGCACCCUGACUUGGACCGGCUACUGACCCUUGAGCGCAUGCGAGCCGAAGCCCGCGCUUUGCGAAAGACCAGAGCGGCUGGUGUGCCGGUUCCGCCUGUGUACUUUAUUGACAUGACGUCGCGAAUCAUUGUGACAGGAUACAUCGAAAAUUCCGAGACAGUUCGUGAAAGGAUUGUUUCUCUGCAAUCGGAAGAACCAGCGGGCCGUGCGGAAAGCUUGGAGUUUCUUAUGGACAAAAUCGGCGAGGUUGUUGCACUUCUACAUAAGAACCACAUGGUUCACGGUGACCUCACCACUUCAAACUUGAUGGUGCAGCGUCGCGAAGCAGCAUCACCUCUAAUCUAUGUCAUCGAUUUUGGCUUGAGUUUUAUUAGCGAAACAGCUGAAGACAAAGGCGUCGACUUGUACGUUCUAGAAAGGGCAUUCUUGAGUGCUCACCCAGGAAUCGAAAGCUUCUUUCAAAGAUUCCUGGAUAGCUACUCAAGAAACUACCCACAAAAUGCUGCGAACAUCAGGAAGAAGUUCGAAGAUGUAAAACAGCGUGGAAGAAAGCGAACUAUGGUCGGUUGACCGUAAAUUUGCGCGCAAAGACGAAAUGUACCAGUAAAGGUGAUUUGGGAAG